AUGCGCAAAAUGUAUUAUUUCGUGAGGCAGAGCGACACCUUUUUCGCCGACGCCCAUUUGUUCAGCUUCGGUGGAUCACAGAGCAACGCCAUGUUGGCAUUGGCUCAGUUGGCCAACGCCAGACGCGUGCCGUUCACCUACUUCAGUCGGGAGCUGCCGCUCAAGAACGAUACGGUGAAAGGGAAUCUAGCACUGGCUAGGGCACUCGGUAUGCAACACGUGGGGCUCCAUCCAGAUGCGUACCAUGACCUGGUGCGUACUCGCGAUUUCGAGGCAUUUCUGUACAGUAAGUUGCGUCCUUCAUUGGGUACCAGGAGGUUGUAUGUGCCACAAGGAGCGGCAUUUCCUGAGGCGCAAGACGGCGUCAGAUUGCUGGCCCAAGAGAUCAACGAGUAUGUCCGGACACAGUGUCCCGGCAAACAAUUCUCCGUUGUAUUGCCUUGUGGAACGGGCACCACAGCACUGUACUUGGCCCAGCAUCUGCUCCCAAGUGUUAAUUUGUAUGCAGUUCCGUGCGUAGGUGAUGCUGCGUAUCUGCAGCAGCAAUUCGAACAGCUUAUUGACGAGGAUCCGUCCUUGCAGCCGCACACGGCGUUGUUGCCUCGCGUACUAACCCCGAAGAGGAAAAAUCGUUUCGGACGCCUGUGGUGGCCGCUGUAUGACAUGUACCACGAGGUUCUACAGGAAACAAAAGUGGACUUCGAUCUUGUUUACGGAGCGUUCGCUUGGCACACGCUGUUCUCAGACGCAUCAGUACUAGACAAGGUGCUGGAUCGCAACAACACUAGCGUGUCAUUUCCCGGAAACCCUUCCAAACAAGACGAGCGUGAGCUGAUGUACAUUCACACGGGUGGCACAUCCGGCAACACCACAAUGUUGGCAAGAUACGCGCGCAAAAAUAGAAAACAUGUAGAGUAUUGA